AUGGAACAUAUAUCUGACCAAGGGACAGGAGGCCCCUUGGUCCCGAAGCGGAAUCGAAUUCAACUGAGCUGCACCAAUUGUCGCCAUGGCAAACUCAAAUGUGACCGAAAGCACCCCUGUUCGCAAUGUGUUCGAAGAGGGAGAGAAUCACAAUGCACUUUUACUAUGCCAAUCCGAACGCCUGUAGUCAGCUUGAAGAACAGAUUACAGCACCUCGAAAGUUUGGUGAAAGAUGCCAUGACGACUCAAAGUCCGGCUGCUCAGGGAGCUUUUUCAAAUCCUCCGAAUACGCCAAUUGGGAUCGUAACGGAUUCAAGCGGUGAUACCCAUAAUCAAGACCAGGCCAACGGACACAACACUCUUGCUUCUGGUCAAGUGCUUCUGAAAAAUGGACAGACUUAUGUGGGGGCAACUCAUUGGGCAGCUAUACUUGAAGACAUAGAAGAAGUGAAAGGAUUCUUUGAGGAAUCUCUCGAAGACGCCGACAAAGGGCAAAGUAGCCACUACAACUCACUUCUAUGGAACAUUAGGUCGCCUUUAGGAAAAGCAGAUAUGCUCGCAAAUCUUCCGCCGCGGCUCGCUGUGGAUCGUCUGGUAUCUCGAUACUUCAACUCUGCAAGUCCAGCGUUAUUCAUCGUUCACAGACCCACGUUCAAUAAACACUAUCGUCAAUUCUGGUUGGAUCCUGAAGGCACUCCGAUCAUCUUCGUCGGGCUUCUGUAUGCAUUCAUGACAAUAGCUACCCUCUCCGGCCUUGCAUCCGGAGAGACUCAUCCAGAUACCCGCGGCACACCUUCUCAUAUGCUUCGAGCAUAUCACGAGAAUUGUGUCCAAUGUAUUGUACUCUCGGACUACACCAAGCCUACUCGAUACACCUUGGAAACAAUGAUGAUUUAUGGCGAAGCGGAGUUCCUCAUGAGUCGAGAUGAUCAGGUCCACUGCUACUUACUGAUGGCUGUUGGUGUCAGACUGGCACUUCGGAUGGGUCUUCAUCGCGAUUCGAGUAAGAUUGAGACCCGUCUCUGUCCAUUCGAAGCAGAAAUCCGACGACGCAUGUGGUAUCACCUGAACCAAAAUGAUCUUCUGUUCAGCUUCCACAUUGGCCUCCCCGGCAUGAUGCAAACAAUUGAAAGCGACACACUGCCUCCCCGCAACCUACUGGACGAAGACUUCGAUGAAGAGUGUACAGAAUUACCACCAUCUCGCCCUGGAUCAGAAAUGACGCCCAUGUCUUAUGCUCUCUGCAAAGGCAGAUUAAGCAACGAAGCUGGGAAAAUCAUGGCCCUGGCCAACAAACUCCAACUUCCACCGUACGACGAAGUACUGAGAUUGGAUCGAUCAUUGCGGAAAGCAUACGACAAAGUCCCCCCACAACUCCGCCUCGACGAAUCCGAGAUCACUGUCACGGACUCGCCAAGUACUAUCCUCAAACGCUUCACUGUAUCUGUCCUGCACGAAAAGAGUCGAUGUAUGCUGCACCGCAGAUACCUCGCGAAGGUCUCAGAACAUCCAGAGUAUCAAUAUUCGAAACAAGCAGGACUCGACGCUUCUAUGAAGCUUCUGCAACGUCAAGGCCUCAUCCACCAAGCGGCAUCUCCUGGAGGUCCGUUGGCGCUUGAUCGAUGGUUUCUUUCUUCGCUGUCAACGUAUACUUUUCUACUCGCGGCAAUGAUCAUGUACCUCAAUGUCAUGAAUAGUAUCAGGGAUCAGCUCAGAACAUCUUCAUUCGAAAUCCUGGAGGGUAUCGAUGCGCUUGAGACGUCGCGCAAUAAUUGGGAGGCGGCUUUGAGUCUCUCUCCUGAAGCAAAGAGGGCUGCUCUUGUACUUAAUGGUAUGGUCGACAAGGUUUAUCAAGCGCUGGGAAAGCAACCUCCACCAAGACACAAACCAGACAUUAAGCUUGGAAGAGGUAUUGCCAGCCCAACUACGAGCAACAUGUCGCAAUUGUCACGAACAGGUGAGUUUUCAUAA